AUGGCCGGUUCCGUCACCACGACGUCGGCGGCUUCCUCCACCAUCACGUCCUCCUCCGCCCCCUCCUCCCUCCGCCCUUCCCUCUCCCACCAUAUCCUCGAGAUCACCCUCAUCUCCGCCCAAGAUCUGGCCGCCGUUUCCAAGUCCCAGCGCACCUACGCCCUCAUAUGGGUCAACCCGAAUAAGAAGCGGAGCACCAGCAUCGACUCCAAAGGCCUCACGAAUCCCACGUGGAACCACAAGUUCUCCUUCCGGGUCGGCGAUGAUUUCCUCGGCUCCGACGACUCCGCCGUCAACGUCGAGAUCUAUUCCGUUGCGUGGUUCCGGGACGUCCUCGUCGGGACGGUAAAGAUAAACGUGAAACACCUUCUCGCGCCCCCAGCGCGGAGUAUUACUCAGGAUGGGAAUAAGAAAGAGAGGUUCAUGGCUCUCCAGAUCCGCCGCCCCUCCGGCGACCCUCAGGGGAUGCUCAACAUGGGGGUGGCGCUUUUCGACUCCGCCUCGCGCAGCAAGCCCAAGUACAGCGAAGUUAGCGGCUCGUCGUCGGAUUGCAGAGAUUUACUGGAGAAGAAAAUGAACAAGUUUUUUCCGGAUUCUGAGUCCGCCGUGGAGUUUCCGGCGAAAGGGGGGUCUGUAUGCAACAGCUCGGCCGUGAACGGCGGAUCGGAGGUUUGCUCCGACAUCGGGCCCUCGGCCUCCGUGGUGGCGGCGGAGUUAAUGAAUUUGAAUCCUCCCGCGCCCGCACCGGCGCAGGCGGCCAAGACGACGGUGCCCGUGGCUGAGAAAACGAAGAGUGCCUGUGGGGAGAGUUUGAUACUGGAGGAACUCACGGCGGAGGAAGCGGCGGCGAAAGGGUUUACAAAAGAGCCGGGAGUGAAGAAAAAGGGACGCCUAGUUUCGUGCUUCGGAAACGCUUAUGGUUUUGAGGUCACCAUUGUUUGCGGCCAAAGCAAAAAACAGAAAAAAGAUUAA